AUGGGAGGUUGUUGCGAAAAAAGAAGUAAUACUGAAGUGACUAAGAUUGAGACAAAAAAAGCUCCGGCAGUUCAAGGUGGUAUAAUUAGUACUGAGGUCCCCAAGUUGCUGGAGUUUGUGAACAACCCCGAUCAUGAUAUGAUUGCACUAAAUCUCAGCAAAGACAUGUUUAAGCCAUUUCUGGCAAAUCUGGCUAAAUUAAUGGGCAUUAUCAAAGAUAAAACUGGCUAAAUUCUGGUUCCAGUUGCUCUUUAAUCCAGCCCACUCAAUCCAAACACAGAAAUGGUAGUUAUUCUAAGGAAAUUGUCAAAGUAUAUGAAUGAUUUCUUAUUAUUGGGGCAAAAUAUUGGUCAAGAUGUCAAUCUCAUCGCACAAAGAUUUGUUCUCAAGUAAUUCUAGUUCCUCACUAAAGAUGAAGAAUUCAGAGCUACUCAUCUCAACAAUGACUUAAUGUCAUUCUAUAACAAAGAGGGCUUGAUAUUGAUUGGAGGUAUUUAAGAGAAAAAUCUAUCAGGUAGUUUCUUGUUCCUAUAUUUUAAGUAUGAUAAACCCGAGUAGGAAUCAGUCAAUUAUUAGUACCUACUCGAGCCUGAAAUUAUUUCCUCACCAACAUCAGAGUCACUUUCAAGAGUACUUCAAAAAGCAACAAUCAAAGAUUAGGUACUUCGAUGUGUCAUCACUUUGCAAAAUAAUCCACUAGAAGCUAUACUAGUAUUGCAAUAAGAACCACUAGAAGAUGAUCCUAAAGUUUAUGAAAUAAAUGACUUCAAUAGAUAAGAUCUAACAGAUCUAUUAAUGAGUCUUGUUUCUAAUCCAGCUGGACAGAUUACUUCACAGAAAGCUGGAAAUAAUUCUACUUCCAAUGGAACCAAACUCACACCAGGUGACAGAUCGAUAAAGGAAUAAAUAAUGUGGGGUGUUUCUGAGCAUUUGAAUAUGCUUGAUGAAAGUCUUAGAAACGAAGUCUAGGCUCUUAUUAUGAACUAGAAUUUCGAGUAAUCCUUCAUUAUAUCUGUAAAUUGA